CGCUGGGCGACCCGGAAGCGCUGCAGCGUGGAGGCGCACAGAAAAGAACACCGAGGUCCUUUUAGCUUUUAUUAAGCUUCUCCUGCGAGGGAAACUGCAGUCCGAGAUUAAGGCAUGGCAGAGCCUCGAUUCAAUAAUCCGUAUUUUUGGCCACCUCCCCCCUCUAUGCCUGCUCAGCUGGAUAACCUGGUACUAAUCGACAAGAUCAAAGAGCAGCUGAUGGCAGAAAAGAUCAGACCUGCGCAUUUGCCACCUACCACUGUUCCCUCUCAGCAGACCCUGCUGGUGGCCUCAGCUCCCUCAGACGCUGCACAGCACAUGAUGCCAAUCCCCAAACUGCAGCAAUUGCCAAGCCAGCAAGCCCACAACUCCACCCAACCCGAUGUCGCCCUGCAUGCUCGCCCAGCCUCCAGUACUGUUCCAGAGGUGACCAUGGAUGACAAGUCAGUUGUAAAGGCUAAAGGAUUAUGGGAAGACUGGCAUAUGCGCCAAGCUGUGGAUCAGGCUGUUAGAGCAAACCAUCGAUCAGGUCUGGCACCUACGUCUCGUGCAGACAGUCAUAGCACUUCACAGGCCAUGACAUCCACCACCACGUCUACCAGUCAGAGCCGACACGGACCUGCAUCCUCUCUUAAUGUCAUCUCAGGCCUGGCCAGUGUCCCUGGUAUGGAUCAGGUGAAGAGCGCAGGGUUGGCAGGUAUGCUGGGGCCUCAGUCCAAACCCCUGCGUGGACGCAAGAAGAUCAAAGCAGAGAACAACACAGGGCCCCUGCUCGUAGUGCCCUACCCCAUUCUGGCAUCAGGCCCUGACCAGUCAGUCACCAUCGCCAAAGAGGGGAAAACUUACAGGUGUAAAGUAUGUCCUCUCACCUUCUUCAACAAGUCAGAGAUGCAGAUCCAUUCCAAGUCCCACACGGAGGCCAAACCGCAUAAGUGUCCUCACUGUUCCAAGUCUUUUGCCAAUGCUUCGUAUCUAGCGCAGCACCUGCGGAUUCACUUAGGGAUCAAACCUUACCACUGUUCCUACUGCGAGAACUCUUUCCGCCAGCUCUCUCACCUGCAACAGCAUACCAGGAUUCAUACUGGUGACAGACCUUAUAAGUGUGGCCAACCCGGAUGUGAAAAAGCAUUCACACAGCUGUCGAAUUUACAGUCCCAUCAGAGGCAACACAACAAAGACAAGCCGUACAAGUGCCCGAACUGCUACCGUGCCUACACAGACUCGGCCUCUCUACAGAUCCACCUGUCAGCCCAUGCCGUGAAAAACGCUAAAGCCUACUGCUGCAGUAUGUGUGGCCGCGCCUACACAUCAGAGACCUACCUUAUGAAGCACAUGUCCAAACACACAGUGGUGGAGCAUCUGGUUACCCACCACUCUCCCCAGAGAACAGAAUCUCCCAGUAUCCCCAUACGCGUCUCUCUCAUCUGAGCUUUGCUUUGCUCUUCUUCUCUUUACCUCCUCAUCUUAUUCUUUGUGCCAGACUGCUCUUCUGUUUAGAAAAAAAAAGAGGGAGAGAGAAAAAGAGAGAGAAAAGACAACGGAAAGGAAUAGACAGUACUGGUCCUCAAAAGGACACAGUGUCUGCCAUACUCUUUGCUUUAUUUAGCCGUUUAGUGAAAAUUAGUGUAGCGGUUCGACUGGCUGCCAUCUCAACACAAGGUGUCUGCUGCUGAUUCGCCUCGGACACCCGUCUAACUGACAUGCAUUCCAUAAAACAGAACAACAGAGCGUUUUCCAUUAGUUUGUUCUCUCCUUAUGUUACUAAUGGUGUAUUAGGAGGCAUCCAAAGAUAAGCUUUAAGCACUUUCCAGUCUUUGGGGUUCAUCGAAAAUGUUUGAAUUUUCAGACAGGAUGUAUUGUUUCGGGGCUAACAAUCGUUUUAGUUCAGUAGCGCUUUUGUUGAUUUUCUGUCUCUUUUCACACAUGGCACCAUCAGGUUUUUACAGGGUUUUGUCUUAAGUGUUAGUGUGGGUUUGACAACGCCUCCACUUUAUGCUCCUUUAACCAUCGAUAAACAGAUAUCAGACAUUUGGAUAAAAACAAGUAACGUAUUAAUCUUUUUUUUUUUUUUUAUCGAAUAUCAUGACGUCUGUGACCUUGGCAAGGAUAAUCUGACCUAGAAAUGUGUGGGCACCAACGGGACACUUGGUAACCUUUUUUUUUUGGCUUGCUUUAUUACAGUAUGUACACACCUUACUUAAUUGUUUUACCCACACUAAUCCAUACACUCAAUUGUAGUAGGUGUGCACCAAGGUUAUGUGGCAAGAGUUACUUUUAUUUUUAUAUUAUCUCUUAAAGGCAUUUUCUAUAGUGGCGCUAUAGAAAAUGUACAAAGAGCAUCAGUAGGACCAGGUGCUCUCUAAAAUAAUUUCUUAUAUAAAUUACAUCACAGAUGUAUCCAUGUAUCUUUUUUGUUGUUGUUGUUGUUGUUGUUGUGCAAUGUCAUGGAAAUCAGUAAGAUUGCCUGUCCUGUCCUUUAGGCUUCUCCUAAUGUUGUAAGGAAAAGCUGCCAUUUUUAGCACUUCAUACGACAUGACACUGUCCAUGUAAUGGGUGUUGACACGUUGCGGUGCAAGUCAGGGGAGUAUACUCACGACCUCUGCCAGGAUCUUUCUUCAUCCCUGUAAAAAAUGAAUAAUGAGUACAAGCACCUUAACAAAUGAUUGAGAAGUUGCAACUAGUCAUGGGUCUUUGAAAUGAUGGGGAUUUCAGGACAACAAAGCAGCAGAUGUGCUGAACGUUCUAGUACAGAUCAGUAAUUUUAUCUAAAAAAAAAAAAUGCAAAGAUCCACCAGUAACAGUUUUAAACAAGCUGUUUAGGGUUUGUCUAGUUUCAAAAGUUUUUAUCUAAUCUGGCUCAUACCGAGGGUGUAUUUUAAUGAGCUCGAAAAGAAAUUAAGUAAUUUAGCCGUCACUGUACUAUGAAUCAGAAAAUGCAAGCAACAGUAUUAAAAAGGAGUCAGAAAUAUGAAGUGUAUAAUGUAUAAGAAUGUAAUUGUAAAUUUGAAAAGUUUUUGCCAAACAUUGCAUUCAGAUAGAUCGUUUGGGUUGAGAUAUGUAAGAGCGUUUAUUUAUCUUGUACCAGCUGCUCGGAGUGCUAUAAAAAACCCUGAGCAAACAUUACUGCCUACGGUAUAAAAUAUUAGGUAUAUAUGAUUACAAUUUGCUAUAAAAGAGAUUACAUUUACAGACAGCAUAUUACCCACUAAUUAGACCAGUGUAUUCUCAGUUUUAUUUAUUAUUAUUAAAACUAUUUCCCUAAAUGUUAAAUAAAUUGAAUAGGUAGUUGCUUUACAGCUAGCUUCAUAGGGGAGAGAUAAGUUAAAGCCGUCCUGGCUUUAAUCAGAUUUAAAUAUCAUAUUGUUAGUGCAAAGUGCAAAUGUUUAGCACUCAGUAUUCAUUUUUCCUAGCAGUUCCCCUGAACAUAAGCCCAGAACCUGUCUGCAGAUGCAGGUGAUUUAUAAAAAAUACCAAGAGUUAAAAAAAAAAAAAAAAGAAUAAAGAAGUUUGUAUACAUCUUCCAAUGAAUAGCUGUCCAACAUCCGAAACAUUUCUACUGUCACAUUGAUAGUUUUAUUAAAGCGGUUGUAGUAUUCUGACUUCUCAAAGUCUUCUCAAAGUGAUUCGUGUUGUUAAACACUGCAACGACUUUGCUCGUUCUGUUUUGGUUUUUUAUCUUAAUCAUGAGUCGUACAAUACCAGUCAUUUGUUAAGCUCAUAUCGUUUCAUUCAAAAACGUUUAAGCAACUGCCAGUUUGCCAUAGUUCGUCUCAGUGUGUUAAUGUUUCAUGUCCUCAUCAAGAUUUUAAAUGUUAUUCAUUAUCGUUUUUGUUACACUUUCAAUCGUGUAUAGGUUUUACGAGUUUCUUGCUUCCAAUGUUCCAAUAGGCCAGAUUUAUACUGGUCUAAACAUGGACUUGUUCGGUGAACGCAUUCAACAAAAUGUCAGUUAAAAACAGCAAAACAAACUGUAAGUAGCCCAAUUGUUGCUUUCUAAUUUUCUUUGAGGUUGCGUUGAGAAAAUUAAGCUCAGCAGAGGAAUAAUGUUGUGAUUUUUCUGUUACAUCUUUUUAGUUCAGUUUAGAGAGAGCAAAGAGUAUACAACUAUUUCUCAUGUGGAAUGCUGUUGUGUUGGUUUGAUCUCAUGUCAGUGUGUCUGUGGCAUAAAAAGAAUGCUCUCAUUGUGUGUAAAACCUCAACAGAAAGCUCAAGCAUGUUUACAUAUCAAAGCCCCAGUCAGUAUGUUCUGGCCAUUUUAUUUUAUUUUAAUCUUUUUAAUUAUUAUUAUUUCAUAGCAGUCUAGCAGAAACUGAUUGUGAUGUUAAGUCCUGUUUUAUUCAGCUCUGAAACCCGUGCAUCCUAACUGGGGCUUUAAGAGACUCCAGAUUACUUUAGCCAGUUGUCCACUUGCUGAAAUCUCUUUAUAUCAAUAAGAUGUGUACAUUUAUUAUAAAAGAUAACCAUGUAUUCAUCAUUAAUAGUGCAAAUUACAAGCUUUAGCUAGUGUACUUUGUUUUUUUUUUUUGUUUUUUUUUUCACCUGUAUUUCCAGUUAUUGAUGAUUGAUGAUUAUCUCUGUAAGUACUGAUUGUUUUUAAUAUCCAUUCUUUUUACCAUUUAUUUGUACCUUGAAAAUCCACCUCGAUGGUUGUAUUUCUUCUCCCCCACCCCCAUGUUGACGUUUUCAGUAUUCAGUCUAUUAAGCCUUUUUUUGUUUCCGCAUGGACUUCUCUGACAGUAAUUGUUAUUAACUGUUAACAAAUAUAUGACAUUGUUAUAUAUGUCUGGAAAUUAUUACAUUUCAUUUGUCUUGCAUUGUGGUCUCCAAGGUUUAAUUCAAUAUGCACAGACAAUACAGCAAGAUUUAAUUUAGAAAAUAUCAAUGUCAAGAACACUUUGUAUCUAUCUUGUUUAAUAAACUCAGACUGUUA